UCGUUUUGAGUAUUCGCGUCAGCGAGAAAGACCCUAACGGCCGUAUAAAAGUUGCAAAACAGAGCAAAGCGAAGCGGGGGAGAGUGGUUUCACUUCCUGUUCUUUGUUGAGUAUUGUCGUUUCAGUUUUAUUCGAAAGCUCGCGAAAAGUCGAAAACCCUACACACUCUGAUCUCCAUUUGCGUUUCAAGAAGCGCUUUGGGUUAUCUGAAGGCAUAUAUGUUCUGUACGGAGAGACCAUUAAUACAGGCCCAAUAGUCUGUAAAUAUGUCUUUUGCAUUGACACCUUCAAAAAGACCCCAUGAUCGGAGCUCAUUGGAGCUUAGUGGAAAGGGGAAAUGGCAAAAGUCUGGAAAUUUUUGGCCACGGUCUCAUCAGCUGAAAAUUUCCCCUGGUAGCACUGUUUUUCGUGUUCUAUGUCCAGCUUUCAAAAUCGGAGGAGUAAUUGGAAAAGGUGGCACCGUUAUAUCACAGAUACGCCAAGAAACUGGUGCAAAGGUCAGAGUUGAAGAAAUGGUUCUUGGAUGUGAUGAACAAGUAAUUGUUAUUGCGGGGUCUGAUAAAGAGACAGAAGUCAGCAAUGAACAAAGCAAGGAGGAUGAAGAUAAUAAUUUCGCUGAAGACAGUGAUGAAGCCAAGGAAGAUGUGGAAAAAAAUGAAAGUAAGGAGGCUUCUCCAGCUGAAGCUAUACAAUUACAAUCUGAAAAAGAAAUUUCAUCUGUGCAGAAGGCUCUCUUGCUUGUUUUUGAAAGAAUAUUCGAAGGAGAACGUGAAAAUGAUGGAGAUGAUGAUGAAAGUAAAAAGUAUUCCUCCUUCGUUGUCAGGUUACUUGUGCUUUCAAGCCAAGUUGGCUGUAUUCUUGGUAAAGGUGGGAGUGUAAUAAAGAAAAUGGCAGCAGAAAGUGGAGCACAGAUCCGAAUUCUUCCUAGAGACAAACUUCCUUUAUGUGCAUCACCAGCUGAUGAACUAGUUCAGCUGACAGGGGGAUUGGAUGCAGUUAAGAAGGCUCUUCAACGUGUUUCUCAACAGCUUUUAGAGAAUCCGCCUCGUGGUCGUGACUCUUUUCCUGCAAACAAGCCUACUGGGCCAUCGUCUCAUCCAUUUGGUGGUCCUCUUUCUAAAUCUGAAGUGUAUCCUCCAUCAAACUAUCGAUUCCCUGCUCAAGGGCCUUAUGCUGUGAGGCCACUUGAUGGCGUAGACUACCCUUCAUCACUUCCACAAUCAAUUCCUAAAUUCCAGGACCAUUUUAUCCCAAGUCGAAUGAAACCUAUUCAGGAAAUCUUAACCUUCCGGUUAUUGUGUCUCAAUGAGAAGGUUGGCAGUAUAAUAGGAAAAGGGGGAACUAUAAUUCAGGCACUUAAACUUGAAACAGGAUGCGAUGUUAAAAUUCUUGAAGGUGUUCCUGAUUUGGACGACCGAAUUAUUGUGAUAUCUGGUCCAGCGAUUCCAGAUGAAAGGAUAUCUGCUGCACAAGAUGCAGUUCUGCGUGUCCAGGCAAGGAUAGUUAGGGCUGUGCCUGAUAGCAAGGAGAAAACUGUCUUAGCCCGGCUUCUUGUCUCCUCCAGUCAGGUUGGUUGCCUUCUUGGCAAGGGUGGUUCCAUCAUAUCUGAAAUGAGGAAGUUUUCUGGAGCUCAGAUUCGCAUAUUAGGGAAGGAUCAGGUCCCCAGUUGUGCUUCGGAAGAUGAAGAAGUAGUUCAGAUUACAGGGGAAUUUGAAGGAGUUCAAGAGGCUCUUUUGCAGAUAACUAGUAGGCUGAAACAUCAUCUCUUUCGUGAUACUUUCCCUUCUAUCAACCAUCCUUCACAUCCUGCCUUUCUGGAUCAAGUACCUUCAUUUUCUUCGUCUAUGGAAAGGAGGGAACUUUCCCCUUCAAGAAUGUUCCUGAAUUUGGGCCCAUCAUUUCACAAGUAUGAACCUACUGGUGGCCUUCCUCAUGGUGGAAUUCAUCCUCAUGAUGAUCAAUCUGCUUUUUCUCAUGGUAUUCAUAGGCCAGGCAUCCCCUCUCAUGGUUCUGGAAGACUACCUUCGUCAGCACCAUGGGGACCUCAGGGACUAACUGAUGGUGGUGGUCCAAUGAGCAUUUCGGAGUACCCAGGAGGCUCCCAAAGGAGAACUGGGGCUUAUGGAGGUGGAAGCCAACCAUCUUUUAUCACAAACACCACUGUGGAAGUAGUUGUACCUCGGUCUCUUGUUUCUUUAAUUUAUGGAGCAGAUGGGGGCUGUCUAAAACAAAUCCGACAGAUAUCUGGGGCAAAAAUUACCAUCACUGAUCCCCGACCUGGAGAAACAGAGACUGUAAUUAUAAUAUCUGGAGCACCCGACCAGACUCAUGCUGCGCAAAGUCUUCUUCAAGCUUUUGUAAUGAGUGGAGUGGAUUCUCCUUGAGGCUCCUCAGCAUUUGGUUGUAGGAACUCUCUUUGAUGCUUGCGGCAGUUCUGAUCUGGACAGUUCUAACUACCAGCAGAUGCCGCAGAACAGAGACUGAGAAAGAAUGGAACGGAAGCAAUGCAAUUGGUGGGAGGAUAGAAGAGAGAAAAUAGAAGAAACCUGUUGACAAGACGUCACAGGAAGAAAGGAGAGGAAGAGGGAUUGCAAGGAGAAGGAAAGAUAUCGUGGGGACAGAGAGAUGUCAGAAACAUGAGAGAGAGCCACCGCUGGUAGGUUGCAGUGUCCAGCAUGGGCCCGGGAAGAGUGGGAGAAAGAGAAUGUGUAGUGGUGAUGUGAAAAAUGAGGUUACAACUUACAACUACAGAUGCUUUGAAUGGCUGAGAUGCGAAGAGAGGGAUCCAACAAUCAGUAAAAUGCUAACGCAUAAGAUUCUAUUACAUCCCUCUAGUGUGUACACACACAUAUAUAUAUAUAUAUAUAUAUAUGGAUUUUUUAAUUAUUUGUACCCUCACUGUUUUACCCUUUUAGUAUAACAUACAACUUUUUCCAAUGAGAACAAAUAUUGUUAUUUCAUGUGUACUUGAAAAAUGUGCAUAGGAGUUGUGUAGGGGCUGCAUAGGGCCAUGGAAUGUUAGCACCAUGACACAGAAGCAUCUAUACAAAGAAUUUGGU